UUUGACUGAAACAGCUGAUUGUAAUGACAUAAUUUUCGAGACUACUCAACAAGGGUUAAUCAAUCAUCCAAAACAAAACUUUAUCUCUGACAAAACCCUAUUUUUUUGUACUUUAUUUCAUUUAAUUUACAUUUGCGCGCCAUAACUUAUAUGUAUAUAGUCAAAUAAUAAACUCCACAAAAUACAUUUUCAUAAUAAUAAUGUCUGAAGGCGAUCUUAUUCCACCGCUAAGCGAUUUGGAGCACAAUGAGGAUUUUGAAGACCCGGCUGACGAGGAGGAACUGAUAACAGCUCAGAAGGUCUUGGAAAUUGUUGAAACGGCUUGGCAAAAUGAAUUAUGUGCACCAGAAGUUCUUCAACAUCAAACCGACAUGUUGGAGCUGAUGCUGGGACAGGUGGCACAUAUGGAGGAGAAUAUGAAGGAUUUAGAUAAAAAUGACUUUCGAUUUAUCGUACAUCAAAUGGAGUUGGAACGUAUACGAUAUGUGAUGGCUAGUUAUUUACGCUGUCGCUUACAAAAAAUAGAAACCUACACUAGACAUAUUCUUAACGAAGAGGAAGCUAGAGAAGUUGCUGAAAAGCGACUUUCACCGGAAGAGUUCAAGUAUGCGCAAGAGUUUGCUGAUAACGUUGAACAGUACUUUCAGCAAGUGGCGCUGCAGUACAUGCCUAAUAUGCAGCGUGCGGAAGCUGAACAACGCAUAGUGCGACCGAAUCUAAUGAGUCACGUAUUCAUUAAAGCUAAUAUGGAUGUUCCGUCUGUUGUCGUUGGCGUUGAUGACGAGGAGGUAGAUUUGACUGCUGGUUCGCAACACAUAAUACCUUAUCAAUUAGUGUCCGAUUUAAUAUACAAAAAUCAAGCGCAGCUAAUAUAAUAUUCCUAUAAUAGUUUAGGUAUAAUGAUAUUAAUAUACACAUUUUAUUAUUUUUUUAAUACGUAUGUAUGUAUAUAUAACAUUGGAGUUUUAGACAUA